GCACGACUAACGCGACUGUGCACAUGGCGGCUCUCACCGUUUCUUCGGUCCACGUGGCGGGUGUGGUUGCGUCGGCGCGCGCUCCCGUGCGCGCCCAACGCGCGGUCAACGCGAAGGCGCCGGCGCGCGUCUCCGCUUCGGCAUUCAUGGGUGGUGCGGAGCGCCGGGCUCUCGCCGUGAGCGCGAGGCGCGCGGCCCCCGCGCGCGGCUUCGAGGUUGUCGCUCAGGCUAUCAGCGAGCCCGAGGCUGCCGAUGCGGUUGUGGAGUCUGCGGACGAUGAGGCCGUCUGCCACCUUCGCGGGGUGCACAUGUCCCCUUACAAGGUCAGGAGGGUGCUGGACGUGAUCCGCGGCAAGUCCUACGAGGAGUGCCUCAUCAUGCUCGAGUUCAUGCCCUACCGCGCGUGCGAGCCCGUGCUCAACGCCCUGUUCUCCGCCGCGUCCAACGCGAAGAACAACCUCGGCCUGAACAAGGCGAAGCUCUACGUGUCCGAGGUUUACGCCGACGGCGCCGGGACGAUGAAGCGCUUCCAACCGCGCUCGCAGGGACGGCCUUUUCCCAUCCGCAAGCGCACCUGCAACAUCACCCUCAAGAUGAAGGAGCGUGCCGACUGAGUCCGUCGCUGACGCGUCGGUGUCGCUUCUGAAGUCUUACUUUUAAUAGGGAGUUGACGGGUAGCUUACGAACGGAACGGAGACAAGGGGGAGCGGCGGGUGCGACGGCGCGAGUCCCGUCCCUCUUAUUUUUGACGCUUUUGGCUUAGGACGCCGACGGCGGGGACAACCGCUGCGGGGUUGUACAUGCGAUUCACCCGCGAGCGGCCCGCUCGAGGCCGGCGAGAUUUUAAACAAUCAUUCUUUAUGCG